AUGCCCGUCCCGCCAGCGUCACGCGAGCGCGACGCGGCCCCCGACAUCGGGCCCAUCCUGGCUUCCCAGCUCGCCAUCGAGUUCGCAUCCCUCCGCGCACCUGGCAACUGUCCGACUGGAAUCUACGUCGUGCCGACCGUCGAAAGCCUCAGCCGCUGGGCUGGCGUCUUCUUCGUGCACCGUGGUCCUUACGCCGGCGCGAUCCUACGCUUCGCACUCGUAUUCCCGCGCCAGUACCCCCGAGUGCGCCCGCAAGUCUUCUUUGAGAGCGAUGUGUUCCACCCCAUGGUCGACCCCAAGACGCGCGAAUGGCAUCCCCACGGCAAGCUGGCACAGUGGAAGCCCCACGUCGACCAUGUUGCCAACCUCUUGCAUGAGCUCAAGGCGAGUUUCAAGAGUCCGUCCCUCGAGGCAUGCAAGGAGAGCGAAGCCGUCAACAAGCAAGUCUGGUCAAUGUACCACCACUCGCUGCAGACCUUCUUGUCCCUCACGGCCCAGAGAGCCAGACAGACGUCGACGCGACACACUCUGUUCGACGAGCGUGACACCCGCCGUGGCGCCGCCCCGGCUAGCACACACGUCCUAACUUCCCCAGCGUCGCCGCAGAUCGGACGACAGCGCGAUGACCAGCUCAUCCGUUUCACUGAGCUCGACGAUCCAGCUGUCCAGCGUCUCUGGGCCGAUCUCCGCCGCUCCCUUGGCGAGCGCUGA